AUGACGCAAGCAAAGGUGAAGAGAAACGAGGAAAGACAUCAGUUAUAUGAGAAAAAGCGGAAAGCUACGGAGGAAACAAGCAAACAAGAAAAAGCAUGCAGAAGUCUGCAUUAUAUGAAUGCUCUAAACGCGGAUGAUGUUCAAGGAAGACUCGGAAGACCAAGAUCAAGACUUCGUUGCUGCGGUUCCAAUAAUGCCAGAAACACCAACUUUAAGUUCAAAAACAACCCUAAUAGUCCAGGAGACAUGUUCCCGAAGAUUCCGAUGAAAAACUCAACUGAAAUUUAUGAAUCAUAUACACCUACCGAAAUCAUCAUUGUUACACUAUUCACAAUAAUUUUUGUUAUUGGUACCAUAGGUAACAUUUUUGUUUUCUUUUAUUUUGGAAUAAAAUUGAAACCUGCUUUUUCAACCUAUCCAAGCAGAAUACCAGACUUUUUAUUUUGUCUCUUAGCUAUAGUAGAUUUUGUUGCCUCUGUGUUCAAUCCGUUUUUAUACGUAUAUUGGACUAUAACACGUUAUAAAUGGUACCUUGGUUAUUGGGCAUGUAAGUUGCUUGUACCAAUAGGGACAAUUGCUACAACCAUGUCUAUCGGAAUAUAUGUCAUUCUGUCGUUUGAUCGCCAACGUGUUAUAUUGUAUCCAUUUAAAAGGCAUUUUAAAUUUACAUAUAUAAAAUUAAGUGUUUUUUUCGUUUUGAUAUAUGCACUAAUAGCGAAUACACACUAUGCACUAAAUCUUACUACAAAUGUUAAAAGUAGCAGUUGUAACGUACCUCACCCAACAAAAAAUGCGUACAAAAUACCCAGCUUUUUAUACUUUUUUUUCAAUGCUUUUACCCUUUUAGCCGUUGUUAACUUUACCAACUAUCGCAUAUUUUCAAAAAUGCUUAACUAUAGUCCAACAAGUACCUUAGCUUUAGGUGGUGGUGGUGUUACAAGCAGAAAAAAAGUCAAUAACAGAAUUGUUCGUUUGUUGGUUACUCUGACUUUAGUGUUCUUUCUUCUUACUUUACCACGUGAUAUAUUUCAGUUUGUUUACUUAAUAAGUUUGGUAAUUGGCAGAGGCUUCAAUAUAUCAAAAUCAAUGUUGACCUUAAACUCGUUUCUUAAAGUAAUGAACGUAGCACACUCGUCCGUGAACCCAAUAAUAUAUUAUUGGAUGCAUUUGGGUUUUAAAAGAUUUAUUAGACAAAGUUUUGGUCUUAAAAGAAUAUCUCGGAUUCGAAGAAGAACAAGCGAUUUAAACGGAACGGAACGAAUUUUGAUGUCAAGCCUGAGUAAAUAA